AUCGCUCUUGAUUCUGGAUGAUGUUUGGGAAAGCUGGGUAUUAAAGUGUUUCGAUAUUCACUCCCGUGUCCUGAUCACCAGUAGAGACAAGAGUGUCACUGAUACUGUUGCAGGUAAUAAAUCGCUAGUACCUGUGCAAAGUGGUCUGACAGGAGACAAGGGACUGGAAGUGCUUGCACGUUUUGUCAACUUGGAGGUAUCCUCUCUACCACAAGAAGCAUACAAUAUAGUGCAAGAAUGCAAGGGUUCCCCUCUGGUCGUCUCUCUCAUUGGUGCACUGUUAAGAGAAUUUCCAAAUCGCUGGGAGUAUUACCUGAAACAGCUGCAGAAUAAACAAUUCAAAAGAAUUCGCAAAUCUUCCUCAUAUGACUAUGAGGCACUUGAUGAGGCAAUGGCAAUCAGCAUUGAUGUACUGGAAGAGUAUCAGAAGGAGCACUACAAGGACCUUUCUGUACUUAAGAAAGAUGUUAAAGUGCCAACCAAGGUUUUGUGUGUUCUCUGGGAGAAGGACACAGAAGAAGUAGAGGACAUCUUGCAGUUAUUUGUCAACAAAUCUUUACUCUUCUGUGAUCGAAAUGGGAAAUCAUUUCAGUAUUACCUGCAUGAUUUGCAGUUGGAUUUCUUGACUGAGCAGAAUCGGAAUCGACUUCCAGAGCUGCAUGCGAAAAUGGUUCGCCAGUACCAAAAGGUGCAUGAAAAACACUUUCCGUUACCAUCUGAUGAGGAUUGUAUGUAUUGGUACAGUUUCCUGAUAGGCCAUAUGGCAGAAGCACUUAUGCACAAGGAGCUGUAUUUACUUAUGUUUUCAAUGGACUGGAUAAAGGCCAAGACUGAGCUGAUGGGCCCAGCCCCAUUGAUCAAUGACUUUGUGGAAUACAGGCACAUAUUGGAUAAAGAGAACAGCACAGUACGUGACAAUUUUCAAGAAUUCUUGUCUUUGAAAGGCCAUCUUCUGGUGCAGAAGCCCUUCCCAGAUAUUGUGCAGUUGGGGCUUUGUCAGCCAGACUGCUCAGAAGUGUAUCGUCAAGCAAGAUUGGAAGCUGGGAAAACAACCAAAGACAGAGUUGUCUACUUGGAAUGGAUGAACAAAAAUUUACAGAGCUUGACUCGCCUUGUCGUUCGACCUCAUUCCGAUGCUGUUCUCCACGGUUGUUUCUCGCCUGAUGGACAGAGGAUAGCUACUUGUGGAGUUGAUAAAAACUUCCAGGUUUUUAAAAGUACAACAGGUGAGAAGGUUUUGGAGGUUGCUGCACAUGAUGAUGACGUUUUAUGCUGUGUGUUUUCACCAGACAACAAGUUUAUAGCCACGUGCUCAUCAGAUACAAAAGUCAAGGUUUGGAAUUCAGUUACUGGGGAGCUGCUGCAGACAUACAGUGAUCACACAGAGCAAGUUAAUCAUUGUCAGUUUUCAAACUUGGUGCAGACCAAUCUGCUGGCAACGUGUUCCAAUGACACGUAUUUGAAAACAUGGGACCUGAAAGGGAAGAGCUGUAAGAACACUCUGUUUGGUCACGACAAUUCUGUUAAUCACUGCAAUUUUUCCCCUGAUGAUAAGUAUCUGGCCAGCUGCUCCAAUGAUGGUACAGUGAAGCUAUGGGAUGUGUCAUCUGCUAAUGAAUGGAAGUUUUUCGAUGUGAAAAACGAAUUCAUGAAUACAGAUGACAAUCAGGAAAAGGAGGAGGUGCUAGUGAAAUGCUGCACGUGGUCAUCUGAUGGCUCUCAGCUCAUUGCGGCUACAAAAAAUAUUCUCUUUAUUUUCAAUGUGGCGACUGGUGACAUUGAAGCUAAACUAGAAUCAAGGUGUCACAGCACUAUUCAGUAUUGCCAUGCGUCUCCUAUCAGUUCAUUAGUGGCAGUAGCUUUGUCUCACUAUUCUGUAGAGUUGUGGGACAUAAAAUUGCAGAAGAGAGUGGCUGACUGUAGUGGACAUUUGAGCUGGGUUCAUUGCGUUCAGUUUUCACCAGAUGGAUCAAUGUUGCUGUCUUCGUCAGAUGAUCAAACUGUUCGGCUUUGGGAGACCAACAAAGUCCAUCACACCUCUUCUAUUUCUUUGAUGCAAGUUAUGGAUGUCGUAUUCGAGCAGAAUGAAGUUGUGGUUUUAGUAGCAGAUAGUAAAAAUUGUUUACAGUUAAUAAAUGGAAAGACUGGUGAUGUCAUGUGUCAGACUGAGGUUCAGGAAUCGCGUAUAUGUUGUUGCUGCCUUAGCCUUGACCUUAACUUGGCUGCAUUCGGACGUGGAGAUGGAAUCUUAAAGGCAGGUGUGAAGUCGGCCAAGUUAAUCCUGCAGAGCUUUGGUUGGAAGACACAGCCGUCCCAGCAGAGCCCAUUGGUAGCAAUAGGGCUUGAGAAUGGCACAGUAAAGGUUCUGGAUCGGCACAGUGGUAGAGUUCUGCACAUGUUAAACAAGCACACAAAAUGUGUCCAACGAUGCCAGUUUACAUCUGAUGGAGAAACCCUGAUUUCCAGCUCUGAUGAUACCACUUUAUUGGUGUGGAAUUGGCGAGCUGGAGAAUACAAAGUGCUUAAAGGACACAUUGAACAGGUGAAAAACUUUAAGGUGUUGGAUGAUUCACAACUUCUGUCCUGGUCUUUUGAUGGGACCAUGAAGGUAUGGAAUUUCAUCUCUGGUGUAAUGCUGAAGAGCUAUGGUUGUCAUAAUGGAGCAAUUUUAUCAUGUGAUGUUUCCCCUGAUGGCAGCAAGCUUGCUUCUGCUUCUGCUGAUAAAUAUGCCAAGAUUUGGAACUUCAGUAGAACUGCUCCUCUUUAUGUUCUGACUGGUCAUAAAGCUUGUGUCAGAAGCUGCAGAUUUUCCAAGGACAAUGAAUACCUGGCAACUGGAGAUGACAAUGGUGAAAUCAGGAUCUGGAGGGUAAGAGAUGGAUGUUUACUUCAUGUAUGUCCAAAAGAGUCUGAGGAUUCCAAACAUGGAGGCUGGGUUACAGAUCUACACUUCUCGCCCAACAGUAAGAUGUUAAUCUCCACUGGUGGAUAUAUAAAGUGGUGGGACUUGGAAAAUGGAGAAUUUCUACAGACAUUCUAUACUAAUGGAACAAACUUGAAGGUUAUAUACGUUUCAGCUGAUUUCCAGACCUUUGUAACUAUUGAUAAUAUUGGAACACUCUAUGUAUUGAAAAUGAUCGAACGAUGGGGGGGGAAAAAAGACUCCUGUGAUUUGCAGAUGUAGUCGUAUGUUUACAAAAUAAUCAAUGAAAUGAGAGCCAUCUUUAUAAUUUCUAAAUGUUUAUACUGUAUAUAAAAAAUUUGCUACUGAGCCAUUGAAAUUCUUUGGAAACUUAUUGCAGAACAGAAUUGAGAGUGUCAUAAGGUCACUACAUACAAGAACUGUUUGCGAUGCCUUUUCUGUUAUUUACACUCUCUGGGUUCUAUGGCUCUAUUGUUGGUAGUUUAUUGCUUUGAGACUCUGUGGCUUGUGCAUUAAAGAUUUGGAGCAAAGUUGGCAGUUUACAGAGGUUUCCAGUACACGAGCGGUUUACAAAGAGUUUUUUUUCUGAAGAAUACGUGAGCAGUUUGCAAAAUGUGACUGAUGCUGUGUGUUAUAUUUUAAAGAACUCUCCCCACAAAAAAAAACUUACGUUUAUGUUUCCGUCUUGUCAAAAUGUCUAGGUUCUGCUUUGGUAAACAGAAAAGAUGCUCUCUGUUUCACACCACGAUUUUUAAAUCUUCCAAGAACUGUGUGUUCAGAAUGCAUUUCCUAAUCAAACCUGAAUAGUGCGCUUACAGUUCAUGAAGUUAGUGUUCCAGUCACAGAAUGUUCAAAUUUGUAACUCGUCUUUUUCAAUUGUCUGAUUACAAUAAUUCUAUUUUCAUAAUUCAUGCAAUUAAAAUUUCCAUGAUUAUCACUCUUUUGUAUCAU